UCUGCUUUGCAUCCGCUGUUCCUCUGCUCUCAUCAGCCUUCCUGGCAGCAAUCUCAUCAGCAUUCCUGGCAGCAAUCUCAUCAGCUUCCUGGCAGCAAUCUCAUCAGCAUUCCUGGCAGCAAUCUCAUCAGCAUUCCUGGCAGCAAUCUCAUCAGCUUCCUGGUAGCAAUCUCAUCAGCAUUCCUGGCAGCAAUCUCAUCAGCUUCCUGGCAGCAAUCUCUGGUUACUGAGGGAUGCUUUCACACCUGGAUGUCAUCAGAUUUGCAGCUCACACAGUCCCUUAUUCACCAUGCUCCAAAACAUAGCUUCUCC